AUAACAUAGGCAAUCCCUGGCGUAUAGAGACACCGCUGACGCGCGCGAGCACUGGGGAAAUCAAGACGGACGCCCAUAGGUGACACACGGUGUGACACGGUGUUGGCCCCGUGUCAAAGCCCGGUUCCAUGAAUCCACACGUUUGCAGCAAGCUAUAGCAGCGCUGCGUGUUUGGCCAGAAAGCGCGUCGAUUUGGGGAGCGCGCCGGCAUUGCCUUGCAUUGUCGACGCGUCGGCGGUAGAGCGCCGCUCCCUAGCUCCAAGUCAUAUUGAAGCACGGGAGCAAAGGAACAUUCUUCAAAGCACAGCGAAACUGCGUUUUGAGACAAAGUAGCCAAGAGUCGUCUUAGAAUUGUGGGUGGAGGAGCCACGUUUCCAAUGCUGGCUAAGAAUUGCAUCGAUUGACUACUUUUAGGGGUUCGCAGGCGUCGUGAAGCAAUCAGCCGUACAAGUCGUUGUCGCCGAGGCCAGUACAGUUUGCUUUGUUUCGCAAAAUGAUCAUGUGCUCGCGCGCUUCAAGAUGCGCUGGAGUUAGGGAGCGGCGCUCUACCGCCGACGCGCCGACAAUGCAAGGCAAUGCCGGCGCGCUCCCCAAAUCGACGCGCUUUCUGGCCAAACACGCAGCGCUGCUAUAGCUUGCUGCAAACGUGUGGAUUCAUGGAACCGGGCUUUGACACGGGGCCAACACUGUGUCACACCGUGUGUCACCUAUGGGCGUCCGUCUUGAUUUCCCCAGUGCUCGCGCGCGUCAGCGGUGUCUCUAUACGCCAGGGAUUGCCUAUGUUAUUGGGCGGACCCGCCCAUUUCCUCUGUUACACGCACGUGGAUUUUGUGGAAUGGGCAUCGAUGGCAAUACUAACGGCGUCGGGAAAGUCGGGCCUGCCGCAGCGACUGCGCGUGAGCUGCUGCGUGUGCCGCUGCUGCCUGAGGAGCAGUGCCGCCCCGCCGCGACCGUUUGCGUGACUGGCGCGACGGGCUAUGUGGCCGGGCCCAUCAUUGCGCGGCUGCUGGCGGCGGGUCACCGCGUGCGGGCGACCGCCAGGGACACUUCCCCCAGUCAGCCAGCCGUAGCCGCACUGCUGGCGCUGCCGGGUGCAUCCGAGCGGCUGCAGCUGUUUGCGGCAGACCUGCUACAGCUGGGCAGCUUUGAUGAGGCUGUAGCAGGCUGCGACGUGGUCAUCCACACCGCCUCGCCAUUCGCGCUGUCGGUGGGCCGGGGGCAGGCUCGGCGUCUCCUGUUGGAACCAGCUGUGCGUGGCGUGGAGAACGUCAUCGGCGCGGUUAACCGCAGUCCCUGCGUGCGCCGCGUGGUCCUGACCUCCUCCAUCGCCGCCACAUGCGCCCGCGCCGACGACCACCAUCCGCGUCCCCGCGCCCACAAGGCUAGUCCGUCAGCAGCUACUACCGCCGUGGCCUCCGAAGCUGGAGCUGCCAGCGGCAGUAGCAAGUCUGAUGACCCACUGCUGCGCGACACCAAUAUUGCUGCGCCUCCUGACGGCCCUACUGAUGCUCCUAGCAGCGUCAGCACAAGCCUCGAGGCCGGCAGCGGCGGCAGCGGCGGCUCCGAAUCCGGUGCUACAGCCGGCGGCGGCGCUAGCGGAGGUCAUCAGGGCGGCGGUGAAGACGGCGUGAUUGAUGAACGGCACUGGAACAACGUCGCAAGUGAGGACUUCCUGCCCUACUCCUGGAGCAAGACGGAGGCAGAGCGGCGGGCGUGGGAACUGGCAGCGCAGCAGGACAGGUGGCGGCUGGUGAGCGUGCUGCCGGGCUUUGUGCUGGGGCCGUGUGUGGGCGGCGGCGGCGGCCGCAGCCGCAGCGAGAGCGUCAUGCUGCUGCGGCGGCUGUGCGAGGGCGCCAUGUGGCCGGCGGCGCCCAACAUGGGGCUGGCCACGGCGGACGUGCGCGACGUGGCGGCAGCGCACUGCCGCGCGGCGCUGCUGCCGGGAGCCAGCGGCAGGUACCUGGUUGUGGGCGGCGGCACGCGCAUGUGGCGGCUGACGGCGCUAGUGGCCGCGCUGUACCCGGGCGGCGCGGUGCGGCGGUCGGUGGCGGUGGCGCCGCGUGCGUUGGUGGCAGCGCUGGGGCCGGCGGUGCUGCACCUGGGCUCGGACGUGGUGGAGGCCACGUGGGGGCCGCCACCGCGGUUCAGCACGCGACGGGCCGCCGAGGAGCUGGGCCUGCGGUCGUGGGUGCCGCUGGAGGAGUCGCUGCGGGACAUGGUGGAGGACCUGGCGAGCAAGGGGCUGGUGCGGCACCCGCUCAGCCGCGGCGGCAUCGUGCUGGGGAAGCAGGCCGCGUGGCUGCUUGCGCUGGGCUUGGUCGUGCUCCUGGCCGUGGUGUUCGGGGCCGCAGCGGCGCUGCGCACCCUGCGGGGCUGAGGACAGGUUCACGGACAAGUCUAGACACGCGUGCCAUUCGGUUAGCGAUGUAAAAACAUCUGUUA